AAGAAAGAGCCUAUAACUGCUCCUAAACAUGAUUUCCGUCUUUAGUUUGUGUCCUAAACAGGAUACAGGAGAAUAACUGCUAGUUUCAGACACACACCACUUGUUUUUCGGCCACGAAUGGACCACCACAUAUUGGUGACAUUUUACCCAGAAACUCCCGGGGACCCUCUGGACAUCAGCUGAUUUGUUGAUCUCUAGAGCAACUAUGUUGUGGAUUUUUCUACUGCAGCUCAUCAGCAGUGUUAAUGGUUUGUCUGGACCUGAACAUGAGACUUUGUGCACUUCGAACGCCUGCUUCACCCUACACAUGGACAAGGUGAGCUUUGCAAAGGCCAGUCAGAACUGUGUCCACAACGGAGGUUAUCUGAUGACUGUCAGAGACAGAGAAGAAGAGGAUGUGCUGCACUUGCUUCUCUCACAAAUCCAAGGACAAGGACAAGAAAGGGUGCUUAAAUUUUGGAUUGGGUUAAAACUAAACAAAGGGGACUGUGUGUUAGCUGACAGUACUCUCAGGGGGUUUAAGUGGGUAUCUGGGGAGGAAGAUUCCCACUACUCCAACUGGGGAGAAGAACCUGUCUCCACCUGCACAAAGGAUAGGUGUGUAAAGGUUCAUUACACUUUACUGGGUCAGAAUCCACUGACAUGGGCUGUUGACACUUGCAGAAAACCUGCUUUUUACGUAUGUAAGUUUUACUUUAAGGGAAUGUGCAAGCCUUUGGCCGUCCUGGGACCUGGACUAAUUACCUACAGGGCGCCCUUCUCAGAACAGCCACAAAGAAGUGAAAUGAAAUCGUUUCCACUCGGUACAUAUGCUGAGAUAUUAUGCAAUGACAAACAGCAAGGCUACACUGUGUGUACGGGGGAGAACGGCUCCUAUCAGUGGACAGACCCUGGGCCAUUUUGCAGAACGGGAAACCCAAACUGCGCGAUCAACAACGGCGGAUGCGAAGAUUUCUGCCUCCAGGACGCAGAUGAAGUCCGAUGCCUUUGCAGAGACGGUUAUGAGCUGAACGAGGAUGGACUCACUUGUCGGAUUAAAGACUCGUGUGGGGCUGACACCUGUGAGCAUCAGUGCGUCAUGGGGGAGUCAGGAUAUUCCUGCAAAUGUAGACAUGGGUUCAAACUGGAUGAAAACCAGCGCAACUGCUCUGAUAUCGACGAGUGCCAGUCACAGACCUGCGAGGGUCAUUUGUGCGUAAAUACGCAGGGCAGUUACACGUGUGCGUGCGAAGACGGCUACGAAAUGAUCGACGGUAAAUGCAGUGAUGUGGAUGAGUGCGCGCAAUCAAGAUGUGAGCACAGCUGCUUAAACAGUAUUGGAUCCUUCUCGUGCUACUGCAACGAGGGCUUCACUUUAGCCCAGAAUGGCCACUCGUGUGCAGACAUAAAUGAAUGCGUCAGUAACCACUGCCAGUUCGCAUGCAACAAUACUGUGGGCAGCUUCUUGUGCGCGUGCCCGCAGGGCUUCCAUCUAGAAACCAAUGGAUCGACGUGCGCUCCCGAUGUGACAGAGGCAUCAGCUGCUUCAUCAGAUGGCCCAGCUGACGAGGACACACAGGAAAACUUCACGGAGUCCUUAGCCAGAACCACCGUUGAGCUCCAACACCAGUCCCCUCACACUGACUCACCGCUCCCAGACCUGUUGAACGUUACGCACAUUGGCCAGGAGAGCAACACAUCGACGGUGACAAGUUUUGCCAAGAUUUUUAAUUCCAGGGUAUUAAUCUGCGUCCUCGGUUCAGCCAUUCCUCUGCUCGCGCUGGUCGCAGUGACUUUAGCUGUUGUUAUUUUUCGAUGCAAUCGCUCCAAAAAAGAAGCCAAGAAAAAGCCUACAACAGAUGGCUACUGCUGGGUGUCCUCUGGUCUGGAUCCACGUUUAGAGAAACUGUACGAGUCCAUCUUGACUGAUGACCUAUGACC